AUGUCAUCAAGAGAAGCCACCCUCCCUCCCUACAUCAUGUCUUCAAUGGUCAUCUACGCCAUCCAGUGCUCCCCGCAGAAAGCCUUGACCUUGUCAGAGAUCUGCGUAUCCCUGGAGGCCAUGUUUCACGUCUAUGGCGGCAACGACAAAGCUUGGUACAACAAGGUCCGUAACGUCCUCUCAAAGAACACCCACUUCGUCAAGAUGAGGCAUCCCAACAACAGCGGCAAGAGACUGUGGACCGUCGACCUGUCCCUUGUUCCUCUUACUUCGUUCCGAAAGCAGACGACACGUAAAGAAAGUCACAACGGAUGGCCAAACCUCCUUCAUCAAUAUCUUGGUGUUCCGGAAAUCGAGCUUCGUGGUGUUGUGUCAUCAAGUGCAGCUUCCGGUAUUGAACGACCCACCAGUGUUGUGUCCUCUCAACUCAGCUUCGGUAUUGACCGCAUCCUCAGCAUGUCGCCCAGAACGUCAAAGACUCCCACAGCAGACGACUCCAUUCUAUAUGAAGAUGCCUGUUCCGCUUGUGAUUCGUUUUACAGUGUGUUCGAUACCACUUACGACGAGAGUGACUCAGUUCAUGGAAUCUGUUAUUCAUCCAUGGAAAGAUUCCGAGGUUAUUCCGAUGUGUCAUCCUCCAAGGAUAUCCACGAAUUUGGACAUUCCACUCGGAUUGUUUCGGACUCUAGUAUAGUUUCACUAGACGCUCCCUGUUCACCCAUCGAACCAGAACUUUCACAGGAAGACAUUUUCGCCGGUGUUGAAGAACUCCAGUCCAUUUUGGAACCAGAGGACGUCAUUGACUUUGCGCCGUCAGACGACUCUGUCAUUCUUUCGCCAGCCGAUAGUUACAGCCUCUCAGCCCUUGAAUCGAUCGCCGACUUCGUCAUUCAGUGUCCAGGGGAUUUCCUCCAGGAGUUCGAGCCUUACCUGCGGGACCUCAGUGACUGA